AUGUCAAUUCGUUGGAAGCAUAGCCAUGCACCGGCCAGGGUAAUCCCAUUGAUAAAGCAUCGUUCGAAACCAAAAACUCAGAACCCCGGACCCCUAGAUCAAACCUCAAACCGUCACACUCGUGCUGGCCCGCCUUGUUGGCCCAAGCCUUGCAUUGCACAUCCAUCCGGGACAGUUUUGGUCGAGGACGACGCCGGCUCUGGGGUGCCUGGCCUUUGCUCCAGGGGGCCGAGCUUGGAAAUGAGCUCCUUUGGAACGCUCUUCAAGGUAUCAACGUUUGGCGAGUCACACGGCGUGGGUGUGGGAUGUAUUGUGGAUGGCAUUCCCGCGAACCUCGCCUUGACUGAAGAAGAUGUGCAGCCACAGCUCACUCGGCGGCGGCCUGGGCAGAGCUCACUGACGACAGCGAGGAAUGAGAGCGACACCGUGACAAUAAUGUCUGGUACAGGCCUGAACACGCCUUUCUACAAGCCCACGCAUGCUGCCUGGCGGAAGUAUGUGCGCGACUACUGCGAGGAGGUUCUAGAGCCGGUGCUGGACGACUGGGAGCAGUGCGCGGUGAAGGGCAACUUGGACAAAUGCCACGAGUACAUGCACCAGACCUAUGCCGAAGGCGGCAAGCGGGGAAUUCUGGCCUGCGCCGUGGGCAAGCCUUGGCCCAAGGAUUACACGGACUGCAAGGCACCGGAGGAUUACGACAACUUCCACGAGCUCAUCGUGAUCGACGAGACCACGCGCAUCAGCGGGGGCAUCUCUUGGGCGGUGCUUGGGGGCUUGAGCAUCGGCCUGCCUCCAGUGGUGAACUUCGGAGUUCCGGGCGACCGAGAUCUUCAAGCGCGAUGCAUCAGGGAGUGCCUCAGCGGCGAGAAGGUCAUCUGCCUCUGCAUCACCGAGGCUUCCGCAGGAAGUGAUGUUGCUGGCUUGGCAUGCCGCGCCGAGGAUGCCGGAGACCAUUUCCUGGUGAACGGCGAGAAGAAGUGGAUCACGAACGGCAUCUACGCCGAUUACUUCACGGUGAUCGUGCAGACCGGACCGCCCGGCUCGCGCCAGAAGGGCUUGAGCAUGCUCCUGCUGGAGAGGUCCAUGCCGGGAAUCGAGACCAGGAAGAUGGACUGCACGGGCAUGUGGUCCAGCGGCACCACAUUCAUCACCUUCGACAACGUGAAGGUGCCGAAGACCAACAUCAUCGGCAAGCUGAACGGUGGCUUCAUGCAGGCGAUGUACAACUUCAACCACGAGAGGUGGAUGUUCCUCGUCCAGGCCAACCGCGGGGCGCGCGUCUGCGUGGAGGAGUCAUUGAAGUUCGCUCGAAAGCGCCGCACCUUCGGCAAGUUCCUCAUCGAGCACCAGGUCAUCCAGCACAAGAUCGGCGAGAUGGGCCGCCAGUGCGAGGCCCUGCAGGCCUGGAUCGACUACCUGACGUUCCAGCUCACCACCAUGACCAAGGAGGAGCAGAACAAGAAGCUCGGUGGUUACAUCGCCCUCCUCAAGGUUUCGGCCACGAAGACGGUGGAGUACUGCGCCCGAGAGGCCCUGCAGGUCUUCGGUGGUGCUGGCUACACCCGCACUGGCCAGGGCGAGAAGGUCGAGCGCGUCUACCGUGAGGUGAAGGCCUGGGCCAUCCCAGGCGGAAGCGAGGAGAUCAUGCUCAACCUUGCCGCCGGCAGCCUUCGCUUCGUGAAGCGGCCCACGCCGGAUCCCAGGGACGCGACGAUCAAGAAGUUGAAGGAGGAAUUGGAAGGACUGAAAAAAUCCGCAGGUGGCCAAGCACGGCUGUAA